AUGGCUGGUUAUCCUCCUCCUUAUGGUAUUCCUCCAAUGACUUAUGCUUCCCAACCAUAUUACGGGUAUGGUGUUCCUGUUGCACCUAUUGCAACGCCAAGAACUACGUGGACUGAACAUACUUCCCACGAUGGCAGAAAAUAUUAUUACAAUACUCUAACGAAGGUCACAACCUGGGAUAAACCAGAUGAGUUAAAGUCAUCGUCAGAAAAAGCAAUAUCCGAUUGUCCUUGGAAAGAAUUUAUUGCGGACAGCGGAAAACCCUAUUAUUACAACUCGGAGACGAAGGAAUCUGUGUGGACAAAGCCACAAGCUCUAAUUGAUGCCGAACAGAAAGCUUCUACUGCUACACCUAAUAAACCCUCUCUAGCUACUGUUCCAUGUGCUGCUCUAAAUGGAACACCAAUUACUCCCUCAACGCCUGCAGAAGAGACCAAACCCAGCGAACCUUCAGAAUUGGAAAGGGCAAUGAAAGCCACUUUGGAAUCUAUUGCCACGGAAACCACUGAAUCCACUCAAAUUCCUCUCCCACCUACUGAGGCAACAUCACAAGAUGCUCCAUCUGCUCCUGAGUAUAAAACCCGCGGUGAAAUGGCUGAAGGGCUGCGUCGACUUUUUCGGGACAAAAAGGUCCCGGGUAAUGCAACUUGGGAGCAGGCUUUAAAGCUAAUUAGUGAUGAUCCAAGAUAUAACGUUUUGAAGAACUUUGUUGAGAAGAAACAAAUCUUCAAUGUCUACAAAUCCCAACGUCAGAAGGAGGAACGCGAAGAACAGCGAAUGCAGAUUAAGCAGGCAAAGGAGAAUUUGGAGAAAUUUCUGCUUCAAACAAGAGAAAUUCACUCGACCAUGUCUUAUAGGAAAGUUGACCAAGUUCUUGCUGACGUGCCAGAAUGGACCAGUGUACCUGAACAUGAUCGAAAAAUUCUCCUUUCAGAAGCAAUGAAUGAAAUUAUCAAACGAGAAAAGGAGGAGGCGAAGGCUCUUAGAAAGAAGAAUAUUAAGACUUUCAAUGAAAUUCUCAGCAACAUGCCCAAUUUGACUUACAGAACUACCUGGAAUGAGGCUCAGCAAAUGUUGCUAGAUGAACCUAAAUUUACGGAAGACAAGGAUUUGCAGUGCCUUGACAAAGAAGAUGCGUUAAUUCGUUUCGAGGAGCACAUCCGAAUGUUGGAACGAGAACAUGACGAGGAACGUGAACGCGAAAAGCGCAAACAGAAAAGAAUUCAACGAAAAAAUCGUGAAGCCUUCUCUGUCCUUCUGGAUGAAUUGAAGGAGCAUCAACUCCUGACUUCGGUUUCGAUGUGGAAGGAGCUUUUCCACAUCAUUAAUAGAGAUGAACGCUUCCACGCUAUGCUUGCUCAACGUGGGUCUACACCUCUGGAUCUAUUCAAAUUCUACACUGAGAAAUUGAAGUAUCGAUUGCCGGCGGAUAAGAAAAUCAUGAAGGAAAUUCUAAAAGAAAAGAACUACACUGUGGAACUCUCCACUGAAUUUGAUGCUUUCAAAGCAAUGGUACUGGAAGACGAGCGGUGCAGGACAUUGGACAUGGGCAACUUGCGAAUUAUUUUCGACGGUCUUAUGGAGAAGGCUCGUAAUCGUGACAAGGAGCGUCAACGGGAGGAGGCGCGUAAAAUUCAGAAGUUUGAGCAAUCCUUUGUAGACAUGCUCCGUCAGGCUGAUCCCCCCAUUGAAGCUUCCACGCCUUGGGAGGAGGUUGCCGAACGAUUCGCCUCGAAUCCCACCUUCAAUGCAAUAACUCUUCAAUCAGAGCGUCUUCGAUUGUUCAAGGAGUUCCUCAUUCAACGAGACGCUUCCAAUAGCCACGAAGGAAAGUCAAGUAAAUCACACCCUGAUAGGUCCAGAUCUCGGGAAACCCGAAGGUCAGACGCUGAGGAGGAAGAAAAGAAGGAAAGAAGUCGGGAUCGUGACCGGGACCAUGAGCCCGGCGAAGACAUUGGCGAUGACAAUGUUUCUGAAGACGAUCGUCAUAGGUCUAGCGACAAGCGUUCUUCCCGUAAGCAUAAAAAACAUCGAAAUCAUCGCCGCCAUCAUGAUUCAGAUGAUGACUCCGGUUCUCGAAAAAAGCGCAAGAAGUCUAAGAAAUCCCGCAGCAGUCGUCAUGGUGACGGUUGUAGUAGUGGGAAGUCAUCUAAGCACCGGAGCCGGAAGCGGAGCCACAGUGUUAUCUCUGAUGAAGAGGUCGAAGAGAAUCGUGAUCAUCGUAGAGAUUAUUCAGAAGAUGAAAGCGGGCCAUCUCCGGCUAAAAGGUCAAUUCGUGAUGAAAAGGAUGAGAGAGAAAAUUCGCAGAUGGUUUCUGAAGUGUCUCCAACGGAAGAGGUCGUGGAAGGGUCGUCUUCAUCCAAACGUCGCCGACGAGACAGUCAUCCUAGACACCAUCGACGCCGCCAGACGACGCGGGAAGAUGGAGAAGCCGAUAGCUCGGAUAGCGUCAGCAGUGGUGCAGAGGGAGCUGAAUAA